AUGCUGCGGCAGCCCGUUGCCUGGGCAGCUUUUCUCGUGGCGCUGACCGCGGCAGAACGGGUUCGUGAAGUUCGCCAUUCAGUUCCUCCCAGGGAGCUGUGCAGGGAAGUCCUGCCGUUCCCCGACAGUUGCGACAAGCUGAAGACGGGCUGGUACAAGGUGAACGAAACAGGCCUCCAGCUGCAGGACUGCACCAUUAGUGCUGGGACGGAUGUGAAGGUCCAGUUGGACCAGCCGUUGAUCGUCCACGGGAAUCUCACAGUGCAGGGUAGCGUCACCUUCGAGGGCCCUGGUACAGCAUUUCAGCAGGCUUGCCUCCAAGUGACAGACGGCGUGACAAUCUCCGGCAGCAUGGUGAUGAAGAAUUGCAGCAAUGCCGGAGACUCUCCGUGGCCUUGCAAGGAUCCUGGCGAUAAUAAGGGCUGCGGAGGCUGCCUUCAAGCUACCUCCUUGUCCAUGGAGGAGGGGCUUUUGGAGCUGCGGGACUGCCAUUCCCAAGGACUGGGGGCGGGUGCGGCGCUGCGCAGCCUGCGCCAAAGGGCCGGCGAGAUGCGCUUCACCAAGUGCGCAGCAGAGAUGCAAAGCGGAGGAGGCCUUUAUGUGGGUGACCUGGCCCAAGCUGGAGGCCAGAUGACCUUCAAAAACUGCGGCGCCAGCGGAGCAGGAGGAGGACUGUUUGCGCGAAGCACUUCCACCAACGGCGCAAUACUCUUCGAGGGGUGCACAGCAGGCAGAGGCGGCGGCGCCCACGUCACUGGCCACCUCCGGCAGGGCCCGGCUGGGCGCCUCCAGUGCCACGGCUGCACGGCAAAGGGCUCCGGCGGCGGCUGCCUCUCCAUCUACGGCAACCUUAUGGCUGAGGGCUAUGUGGAGGCGGUGGAGGUGUCGGCCGGGAGCGGCGGCGCCUCCGUGAUGUGGGGCUUUGGGCACGCCAGGUUCCUCUCGCUUUCUGUGUCACAGGCCCGUCCCCCAGCGUUGCUGGUGAAUGGCCUCGUGGCGGCGCAAAAGCUGACCUCCGGACCAUCCAAGUGGGCCCUGGAGGUGAAGGCGUAUGAGGGAAUCGAUGUGAAGUCCGCAGACUGCAGAGAAGUCGCGGAGUGCAGCUUUAAGGUCAACGAAAAGUGGCUCACCAAUUUCAGGCAGUUUCUGACUUGA